GUGUAAGUGUAAGUAACCUUAAACCUAGUGUUACUGCUGAGAAACUUCCAUUCUCAUGCACUUCACCAAAUUCACCAAAAUGACAGAGAUGAUAUGAUAUUCUUCAAAAUGAAUUGAAUUGCACUUAUAUCAAAGUAUAAUUCCUAUCAUUCGAUCCAUCUUCUGUUAGGAGCUUUCAUUAUGUCCUUCAACUUUCCGUGACUUUCAAGCUUUCCAAAUUGAAUUAUGUUUUUCAGGGGGAAUUAAUUUCUGAGGUCCAAACAAUGGCAACGGAUUCUUCCAAUGGUAAUGGACAUCACCAGACGACAACAUCAAUAACAACAACAAAGACACCUCCUUCACCAUCUCCCCUGCGCUUUUCCAAAUUUUUUCAGUCCAACAUGAGGAUCUUGGUCACUGGAGGAGCUGGAUUCAUUGGAUCUCACUUAGUUGACAGAUUGAUGGAAAAUGAAAAAAAUGAGGUCAUUGUUGCUGACAACUACUUCACUGGAUCCAAGGACAACCUCAAAAAAUGGAUUGGCCAUCCAAGAUUUGAGCUUAUCCGUCAUGAUGUCACGGAGCCUUUGCUGAUAGAGGUUGAUCAGAUCUACCAUCUUGCAUGCCCUGCCUCUCCUAUAUUCUACAAAUACAAUCCAGUGAAGACUAUAAAGACUAAUGUCAUAGGCACUCUCAAUAUGCUUGGGCUUGCAAAGAGAGUAGGAGCAAGGAUUUUGCUUACAUCAACUUCUGAGGUAUAUGGAGAUCCUCUUGUGCACCCUCAACCUGAAAGCUAUUGGGGAAAUGUUAACCCAAUUGGAGUCCGUAGUUGCUAUGAUGAGGGGAAACGGGUGGCUGAAACUUUGAUGUUUGAUUACCAUAGGCAGCAUGGGAUUGAAAUACGCAUUGCAAGAAUCUUUAACACAUAUGGACCACGCAUGAAUAUUGACGAUGGGCGUGUUGUUAGCAAUUUCAUUGCUCAAGCACUUCGGGGGGAGUCCUUGACAGUCCAAAGUCCAGGAACUCAAACUCGAAGUUUCUGUUAUGUCUCUGACCUGGUAUAUAUCCCGUAAUCUUUGUAUCU